UUUACAAUAUAUAAUAUAACGAAAUGAUGAUAUAGAGUAUAUAUAAUAUUAAGGCGGCUAUCAGCUUGUAAGAGAUCAAGAAUGAGACUGUCGUUCUGGUCAAAACAUCUGCUCCCUCCCCAGCUUUUCACUUAUUCCCUGACUGAAAGUCUUGAUUUGAAGCUCUCUUUUGUCCAUUGACUGAUUGUUCGUCCCCAGAAGAUCUAAAUUUGUCAGUGCUGGGACUCGGAAAACAAGAUGUUUUCUGACAACAUGGAUCCAACGCAAUACUUUGAGAACAGGGUGAAACAUCUUGAAGCCCAGAAGGCAGAUGGAAAGAAUCCAUAUCCCCACAAAUUCGAGGUUCAAAUGUCUAUCCUCGAGUACAUUGAGAAGUAUGGAAGCUUAAAUAAUGGAGACCACCUCCAGGAUGUGACAGUGUCUCUUGCUGGGCGGAUUAUGAGCAAGAGAUCUUCCUCUUCUAUGUUGGUCUUUUAUGAUAUGCAUGGUGGUGGUGCUAAAUUGCAAGUUAUGGCCGAUGCAAGUAAAUCGGGCAUGGAAGAAGCAGAAUUUUCCAAGUUUCAUUCUAGUGUGAAGCGCGGUGAUAUUGUUGGUGUCACUGGCUUCCCAGGAAAAACUAAAAGAGGAGAGCUGAGCAUAUUUCCAACAUCAUUCACAGUCUUGUCUCAUUGCCUUCACAUGUUGCCAAGGCAGAAAGCUGCUGGCUCUGCAUCUGAUAAUAAUGCAAAUAAGAUUGAGUCAUGGCUCGUAGGAAGACCACGGAAUCCUGAAGCAUACAUUUUGAAAGAUCAGGAAACUCGAUAUCGUCAACGCUAUUUGGACUUGAUGCUCAAUUCAGAGGUUCAGCAAAUCUUUAAGACCAGAGCAAGGAUUGUAUCAUAUAUCCGGAAAUUUCUUGACAAUCUUGAUUUCUUAGAGGUUGAAACACCAAUGAUGAAUGUGAUUGCUGGUGGGGCCGCCGCACGGCCAUUUGUGACUCACCACAACGAGCUGAACAUGAGGCUGUUUAUGCGGAUAGCGCCUGAACUCUACCUGAAGGAGCUGGUGGUUGGUGGACUCGAUCGGGUUUAUGAAAUAGGAAAGACAUUCAGGAAUGAGGGAAUUGAUUUGACUCAUAAUCCUGAGUUCACCACAUGUGAGUUCUACAUGGCCUUUGCAGACUACGAUGAUUUGAUGAGCCUCACUGAGGAAAUGCUGAGCGGGAUGGUUAUGGAACUCACUGGUGGCUAUAAGAUCAAGUAUCACGCAAACGGGCUAAAUAACGAUCCCAUUGAGAUCAACUUCACUCCUCCUUUCAGGAGAAUAGACAUGGUAGAGGAAUUAGAGAAGAUUGCAGGCCUCAAUAUCUCAAGGGAUUUCUCCAGCGAUGAAGCUAACAAGUACUUGGUAGAAACCUGUGCGAAGUUCGACGUUAAGUGCCCUCCGCCUCAGACAACUGCUCGCUUGUUGGAUAAACUUGUAGGCCACUUCCUAGAAGAAACUUGUGUUAACCCAACGUUCAUCAUAAACCAUCCCGAGAUAAUGAGUCCUCUGGCAAAGUGGCACCGGUUGAAACCAAGCCUGACUGAGCGCUUCGAAUUGGUCGUCAACAAGCAUGAACUCUGCGAUGCCUAUACUGAACUGAAUGAUCCCGUGGUUCAACGCCAGAGAUUUGCUGACCAAUUGAAGGAUCGGCAAUCAGGCGAUGACGAAGCCAUGGCUUUGGAUGAAACAUUCUGCACGGCUCUGGAAUAUGGGCUGCCUCCCACGGGAGGGUGGGGCAUGGGAGUCGACCGGUUGACUAUGCUAUUGACCGAUUCACAGAACAUUAAGGAAGUACUUCUCUUUCCAGCUAUGAAGCCGCAGGACGAACCACCGUCUGCUAAAGAAAACGUGGCCAGGUCUAGAAACUAACAUUUUCCGAGGAACGGGGCCAACCUGCGAACGAUAUUUGCAGAAGAAUGUUGCCUAUAGUGAUUGAUUCUCUUGUGACAGUCAAAUCUAACCGCUCCUCAUGCGAAGGCCAACUACUGCAGCAUAGACACAUUUUGGUGACUGGAAGAAUUCGUGGUCCAAUGCUCGAAAUUUGAUGGAUAACAGGCUCGAACUAAGUGGAUGGCUUCACAUCGAGGCGGCUCCUGUUUCCUCCUACUGUAAAGCCGCUGUGAAGUGAUUUUAGCGGGGCUAUUGACUGUCGAAAUUUUUUGACAUUUGAUGAAAAUGUCGACGUCUCCAUAUGAUCACUUAUGCUUAUACGAAAAGUUAUGAGAUGUAGUGUUUCUUUGUUUGUUACUUUAAUUUCAUUGAAACUAGAUGAAUACUCGCGCGCUGUGCAGGCGCCCCUAUCAAUUAAAUGAUAUAAAGAUUAAAUACAUUAAUUUAAGAUAUUCUUCAUAUGAAUAUCGAAUUAAUUA